AGAUAACACACUACUGGACAAGAGCCUAAAACUGCAGGUAGGUGGUUUCAGUGCUUCUUGUGUAGACGUAAUAGAGAUUUGGAUAAUUGGAUUCCUGCUUUUACACUUCUCACAAUCUAAGAUGUGAAUUUACUUAAUAAUAAACAAGUCACAAGAUUACUAUCUCACACACACGGCUCAAGUACAUGUUGUAUUAGUUGAUGACCAUUGAUGGAGAUUCACUUUAAUAUUUGCUUUGUCUUCUUUGGUCUUCUAAACAUUUUAAUAUAUCAUUCACUGAGCCCACUGUGCUGCCUGAGGAAAAAUAAAGUCGCUCUCAGAUAUUUAUGUUUAGACCAAAUGCAAAAGGCAAACCUUUCACAUCAUCCUUCAAACCCAUAAUUUCAUGUCUCCUUCAUUGUGUAGAAUGAAGCACAAAUCAUAUCAUUUCACCAACUGUUGGCUUGGUUUGUUUGUGUGCUCAUCACAGAAUUGUUUACGAAAGGUUUUGGAAGUUGACAGUGGGCUCUAAUUGUAAAAGAUGAGAAGAAAAAAAGGAUGGCAGGGAAAUUAUUAUUGCUUUUCCUAGUCAUCAGAAGAGCCAUUCUCAAUUAAUUGUAUUGGAAUUUAUUCUUCGUUUUUAAAAAAUGGUCCUAUUGCAUCAGAAAAAAAAGAGAAAAAAAAAAAAUCAUACUGGGAAUAAAUAUGACACACUGGAUUAAUUUAAUUAUAAACACAUUUUAAAUUUGUUUUUUUUCCAUGAUUUCUAUUUAGUAGAUAAACAUUUAAAACAUUUUUUUGUGAUAUAUAAAGUUUAGAAUAAAGUUAAAUUAAGUUUACUCUUGCAUCCUUGACUCCCAAAAGAUUAUUGCAUACAAAUCAAUUUUUAAAAAAAACAAUUAGAGUAAUGUCAGAAUUAUUUUUUUAUACUUAUGGUGGUGCAUGCAUUUCUUCUGUUAGAAAAUUUUGAAUUUAGUGGCUUCCAUUUGUUAAAGCUGGCCAUUUCAAUUAGAAUCUCUAGCACAUCUUACUUUACUGCUUUUUAGUAGAUAUCUAAAACUAAAAAUUUUUUUUACUUUCCCUUUAAAAAUUUGCUUGUAUUUCUUAAAUUUCUAAAUUUCUUUUUUUUUUCAUGUGACCAGUUUGGUUCUUGAUAUCACAAAUUUAUUAAAAUACAAAUUAUAAAAGAUAUUUAUUAAUUUGUUUUUUUUUAAAAGGACGAAUUAUCACAUACUUUUCAGGUUUUUAGCUUUGGAAAUUUUAGUGCAGGCAAAAAUUAAAAACAUUUGCAACAAUUUUUAUAAUUUCAUACUAUAAAAAGAAACUAAUAUUUAAAAAAAAAGGUAAAAUCAUCUCAGCAUUAUUUACCAGAACUUUCUUUAUAAUUUUAGUGUUAGAGACACACAAACAAACCUCUCACAUUAGAGUUGACAAGAUAAAGCAUUUUUUUUUCUGCCUAGAAUUCUUUCUCAGUUUCAGUUAAAUUAGGCAUAAAAUGAUAGCAGAUAACAUAUUUAUCUGCUAAUAUUUUUUUCUAAAGUAGAUUUUUCAUUUUUUAUUUCCACUAAUCCACCCCAGAGUUUUUCUAAAUAUAUGUAUUGUCAGUUAUGUUUUCAUGUGCCGACCUUCCUUAAAAUAGUUAAGGUUUAGUUUUAUUAAGAUUUCCUUCAUCCUAGAACAAAUUGAGGCAGCUUGUUUCAUUCAUAUUUCCUCUUCAUUUCAUCUGCAUUACACAAUUAUCUUUGUAUUGAGAACAGGUUUGUAUAUCACCACAAUAGCUCUUUACUUUAAUUGGACAUUCAUUAUAAGAAAUUUGACAUUUCAAUGAAAGGAUGAAGUAUGAAAAAAUAUAUUAUUUUAUAAAGAAAUAAAGAAUGAUCUUUUUGGAUGUGAGCCAAAUUAUAUGGCAGGAUACAAUCAAAUUGUUAACAUCAAGGGCUUGCCAGUCAUUUUUGAUGACUUCUCAGAGUUGCAGCCUAAAAAUAAAACUAUGUGGCAAAGAGUCACACGAAGUUUCAGAAUAGAAAUAUUUCAUGUGAAGUAUGUCAUGAUACGCAUUCAAUGCCAAAUGAAUAAGAAAUGAAAAAUGAUCCCAUUUUAUUUCAUAACUCUGGUAUCUUCCUUUGUUAUGUUAACCAGCAACUCACAGACAACCAAGCAGUGAGCGGCAUUGUCGUCACCCCAUUUAGCACUUGGAACGUGCAAUAACUAGCGUUUCAGUACUGUUUGAUCACAUUGAAUAUUUAAUUCAAGAGUAAUUUUAGAAAUAUUUAGGCUCAAUAUUUAAAAAUUUGUUUUUGCAUGCUAUGCUAAUUGUCUUUGUCCAUUUGGUGUUUGUCAAGACCAGUGAUGUAAAGUAAUUCUUUGUUUUUCAAGCUAUGGAUGUUUCUCUCUCUUCCUCUUCUAUCUUCUUAUCAAAAAAGGUGUCAUUUCCAGAGUGAUAAUAAUUUGUUCAUUUCUGGCAUGGCAGCCAUAUUAAUUUAAUAAAUGUUAAUAAUAAUUACCUUAGCCCUUUUGGAAUUUCUUGUAAUAUUUCUGUACAUUAGGGAGUGAUGGAUUAACGAGAGCUUCAUCACUAACAGAUUACUGUGUGAUAGUUUAGUUACUUACACAAUUAAACCAAUUUUUUUAAAUGAUGAGAAUUGUUUUUUUUUAAAAUAAACUUUUAUGCAUUUUGAUAACAACAGUUAAUACAUUUUUAUGUUUUGAAAACAUUUUUACACAGUAUCAGUUCUUUAAAUUAACCAAUAUUUAUAAUAUCUUUGAGGGAUUUGUUUUUCUCAAGUAAGAAUAGAAAACUUGAUAUUAAGAAGUAUUGCAUGCACAUCUGAUUUGAAAAAUUUAUAUAUGUCACACACUGAAUUCAUGAUAAGGAAUGAAUAUAUUUAUGACAUUGUAGUGAUAAGUGGUAAGAUUUUUACAUUAAAGGUUAUUGUAUCAUCUCUAUCAAUUAUUCCAUACGACUAUGUUUCUCAAUUAUAUUCUGCAUAGUUAUGCUUUUAGCUUGUAAACAGCGAAUGCAUAGAGAUUUUCAGCCAAUUUUGCUUUUACGUGACCGGUAACUGUAAACAUAUAUUACUUUUUUUUUAAAACUAUUCAUUUAAACUUUUUAAAAAAGUGAAUAACUUUUUAUUAAUUAAGUCCAAUACAUAAAGACCCACUAAAAAAUAAUGCCAAAGGAUAUAUUUUCAAUACAUUAAUUAUAAUACUUUCCCUUAGGUGUAGCAUUUACUUAGUUUUUUUUUGUUUGUUUUUUUAAAUAAGAGAUUCAAUUCAUUCCAAAAUGUCACAGAGUUUAGUAAUGAAAAGCUGUAUUGAUUACUAUUUCCCCCCGUCAUUCAGAAAGCUAUAGCAAACAAUUACCAAUCAAUAGGCUCUAGAAAUAAUUUUUCUCACCACCGUAGCAUGGGUUUGGGGGUUGUAAUUAACGGGUGUUGUUUGUCCUGCCAUGUGAAAGAGCCAAGGGAAUAUUCCCAUGAGCUAUUUCUUUGGUCCUUUAUGAACCUUUGUGAUGCCAUAAAUUACAUACAUGUAGGUGCACUAACUCAGCUUGAACGCAGUCCUUCCUUUAUUCCACUAACUCAGCAGGGGUUAUGUCUUUACAUGUGAGUUAUUACAUGGUGUGGCAAUUGAGUUGUUAUUUUAUCAGAAAUAGGUCAUUAAUGGGUGCCUACAAGACAAGCACAUUUUAUUAUCCUAUUGCAAAUAAGCUGAAAGAUUAAUGAUGAAAAUUUUCAUGUAGAUGUUUUAUGAUAAAAAGAAAUACAUUACAAAUAGAACUGACAUUAAGGACCGAUUUUUCCGAAGGUGUAAUUAGAAAUAAAUUUUCAGAAGUUAGAUUACGUGAGUUUAUCAAUAGAGGAAGUUAAUUUAAUUUUUUUUAAAUUAAGUUAAAUUUUGCUACAAAAAAUGGAUUACAUCAGUGGACCAUAAUUUCCAUGAGUGAAUAUUUUAUAAUUUUGUUGACGCCUGUUAGAAGCCAUGUAUAAAACCUGCAGGUCAGUUUUAAAGCAACAAUUUCUUUUUCAUUCCAAAGUUAGCUCUAACAACACAGGAAAGGAAAUCAAUAAAAUGAAAGAUACUGCAUUUGGUUGCUUAUACUUAUAGUAUCUAACUGAAAUGUUUUAACACUCUCUAGGUACUUUAGUCUACAUUAACUUGGCUGUCGAUUAAAGAACCAUUUAAGUUUUUCAAUGAAUUGUAGAUAGUUUGGAUCUGGAGAGCUUAUCUGUAUGCUUUGUACAUAUCUGGUGUAAGCUGUAUUGGUCAAUAGUAAGUUUGGUAAUCAUAUAGUUAAAUAAAGUUUGUCCUUCUCUGUGAUAUUUAAAAAAAAUACUUUAUGGUUGGUACCUAGGCACUUAUUUAGUUGCUGUGUAUUAUAUAGUAUCAGAUAGCUAGCAAACAGUUUAUCAUAAUGUCUCUAUCCAUUUUAUAAUUAUACCAGAAAUUAGCUGUAAAAUUUAUGCUCUCUCUUAUCAUAAUCCCAGCAAACCUAACAAUUACAUUAGCUUUUUAGGAAUGGGGUUAACAGAUUAAUAAUAUUUAAUAUUAUAAAAUAAAUGUAGGCGUACUGAUAACAGAAUCAUAUUUUAAUUUGUUUUUUCAAUGUCAAACAUAUUUCUAAUAUUAACUAAUAAUUUUGGCCCAUGGCCUUUAUUUCUGAUUGGAAUCAAUUGAGACACAACUAAAUUAGUUGGUUUGAGGUCUGAACUUCAAUUAUAUUCAAAAAUCAGGAAAGCAUACUGAUGUCUAAAAAUAGCAGUUUUAAAUGAAGAUUUAUUGGAAUAAUAUUCCUUGACAAAUUUUAUUUUUAAAAUCUUGUAUGAAUUUUUAGUAGUUUUACAGCAAGAGUAGUAAGGAAUGCAUGCCUUAUUACAGUUUUUUUCAAAGGGAUCUUUGUGGACCGGCACCGGUCUGCAAGAUUUCUGUUGCAGGUCGGCAUAACAUUAAUAUUUAUGGUCAAAUGAAAAGAAAAAAUAAUUAAUAAAUCUGAUUCUGGUCCCUGGUGCAAUUUCAAAACUUUUCCACCAGUCCACCUAACUUUUAAAUAUUUAGAAAAACAAUUUUACUUUACGUUAAUGAUAGAGUAAAUUCAUAGGAAUCUUGUCAAAUAGAAUAUUAGUUUCCAAUUUAAAACGCAUUAGUUAAAUUUUCAAAAAUUUAAAUUAUCAACAUUUUUUUUUUACUCUCCAUUCUCUACUUACUAGUGUUACCAAACAAAUGCUUGGUGGAUUCCAGGUCAACGUUUCUCUUGCUUUCGCUUUUUUUAAAUUCAUCCAUUCAUUAAAAAUUUAGAACACGUUUUAAUUUUAAAAAUGUGAAAGAGACAUAAAAAAAAAAGGAGACACAAUUUUUUUACAAAUAUACUGAAUAUCGUUGCUGAGAAUUUUGUGUAUGAACUAAAAAAUCGAAUCAAGCCAAACAGUUUAAUUCAUCAUCUUUUUUUUUCUCAUCCACUUCAUUUGUUAAUUGUCCUUCAUCACACUAAAAAAAAGAAAUUGCAUCACCAACAUAGGUCCUAAUAAUUUCAUGUAUCCUUAAAAGGACAAAACAUUUAAUAUUAAAUCUUUUACUUAAAUGUUUUAUUAGUUAGGCACAGGUCAAUAAAUUCCUAUUUUUAAAUUAAGCUUUCUCAUUUUCUUCAAAAUUAAUGACAAGCAAAAUUGUUUAAAAAGAAACAAACUGAAUAUAAGUUGUUGGUCUGAUAUAACAGCAUUAUUGAUAGAAAUAUCCUGCAUUUUCUUUAAUACUUGUGAUAAAAAAAUUAAAAUACCUAAUCAACAUUGGCAUGUCUUUGUCCAGACACAACGAAGACGCUGCAGAUCAACACAGACCAGGUCAUCUGGAACUGCCGGCUCAGACAGUGAUGACGAGGGACCUGGUCAUUCGCCUUGGAAAUCACAGCGAGGAGGUCCACAAUCAAGAGGUGGUGGCCCGAGAGGACCGUUUCCUUUCCCUUCAUCCCACUUACGGACAUCCCGAAGUGGACUCGGACGGUCCCCCAAUACUUCGAGGUCUAGCUUAAGACCUCGUCGGCGCCACAAUGAAUCUCAAGAUCUUAAAGCGACUAAGAAAGGAUUUGCUGGUGCUAAUGCCACGCUAGAGUCCGAAAGUGAAGAGUCAGGAUAUGGUGAAACCUAUGGAGAAACCACCAUGCACGCCUCAAGUUUUGAUGCCCACUUGGAUGAACCAUCUAUGUGGUUCGGGUCUGAGCACACACCCCUAACCUACAUAGAAUCGGAUGAUGAGUCAACAGCCAGUUACAUCAGUGGAAUCUUUUUACCAACAGACCCUAAGUUGCAGAGACAAAAAGGCACACAAACACCUGGCCAUGUCAGGACUCAGACUGUGGAAAUGCAAGACUUAUUCAGCAAUACCAUGACCCAAACAGAGGAGCCACCGCGUUCUAUAGGCAUCCAAACCUUAGACUCAUCUAUGCAUUCUAUUGGUGCCCAGACAAAAAAGAAAAGCAGCUCACGUGCUGACCUACUUAGAAGUAUUUUGCAUGAGGUCAAGGACAUAAAGCAUCAGCAAGGUUUAGAUGAUACGAGAGAUGAAACAUUCUCCAUAAACUCAGAUGCGACCAUUAACAGAGAGAUGCUGGAAGCUUUAUCCCGUGAUGUUGCUGCACUGAAGGCUGCAGCAAGUUAUGGAACGGCCAUGACACAGACUGCAACUGAACAAGCUACCCAAACCCUGAAUGAUUCUCAGCGCCAGGCUAGACAGGGUAGAUUAAAUGACAUGCUAGAUGAAAUACGACGACUGAAGGGUGGCAACAGGAGCGCCACACCUAGCAAUGUCCAGAGCACGAUUGUCACUCCAACUCGGUCACUCAACAGGACAACACCUGUCAGGUUUGAUUCACCCGCUCCAGCACCUGUUGUGAACGGGCAUCAUUACCCAUCUACUCAUGAUCUCAGUGCCACAUUUCCACCGGGAGACAGGCGCAGAGUCACACAAGACCAACUGAAUGAAAUAAACGAAAGACUGGAUAGACUAAGUAGUUACCAGAUUCCCAGACGCCAGGGUCCAUUUGUGACACCCUAUCCACCAGAAAUGAUGUUUGCUCCCCAGGUAGUUCCCGUAGUAGCUCAUUCCCCAACCCUUCCCAGACGGCGCUACAGAGUCAGGGAGUUUGCCCGCUCAUAUGAUGACAUUGACAUGUUGUCAGACGAUGAUUACAGGGGGAGAAGGAGGCGGAGCAAUCAAGAAUCCAGAGGUCGUGAUGGUGUGAUGGACAGAUACCAUCUUGAUGAUGCCCUCCUGGAGGCAACCAUCGCCUCCAAACAUCUCAAACGCAUGUCUGCAAAAAUGAAGAGAAAUCUGCGAGAAGAGCUAAACAGAUCAAGAUAUUAAGUAAUUAUUUUAUUUCUUAACAUAUUUAACAGUUCCCAUGUUGAUCGAAAGGCAUAACUUAAACCCCCUCUCCAACAGGGGAUGUUAUAAAGGAUGUAGUUAAUGUUUUUUAUGUUCACAACCAGGCACUAAACCUUGUCUUUGAUUGUAGCUACUGUAGCUAGUUUUUUUUUUAAAGUAUAUUGAAUAAUUUUCAGACAUUUAGUGUUUACGGUGUACAAUGUUGUGUUUAAGUAAAAAUAAGUGUAUCCAGAGUUAGUCUUAAAAAGACUCAGUGAUUCACAAAGCAGCUAACUACAUGUUUGAGCUUAGGUUCAGUUAUACAUCACACUGUGUAUGAGUGCCAAGAGACAAAAUUAAUGUCUCUGCUAAGGCCCUGCCAUUUGUGUUUUGUAAUUAACACACAUUUUAAAAUGUAAUAUGCAGUUGCUGUCAUAACUAAUGAUCCUUAGCUUGUGAUAUUUUUAAAGAUGAUAUUUCUCAUUCAUUUUGCAGAUUUGUUUUUUUUAUAUAUUUAAGGAUAUUCUUUAAUUAAUUUGUGAUAACUUGUGAUUGGUGUAUUAUUAUUUAUUGAAUCAAGUUAGCAAUAUUUAUUAAAGACUUAUUUACAAAUUUGUUUCAUGUUAAUUGUCCAAUAUUUUAUUUAUCUACUUUAUAGCCGAGCCAAUUUUUUAAAGUCUUCUUAGAACUUGUAAAAACUUUUCUUAUACAUUUUAUUACAUAUAUUUAAUAUUUCCGUCCAUGACAUGAUGACAAAUUAUAUAAAAAGAUAUACAUAUAAUUUUAUUGUUAAAAUUUUAAACAUAUAAUAUUUGAAAAGUUCUCAUGAAAAGUCAGAACUCAUUGGAAAUCUCAAUUUCUGUUUAGUAAUAUUAAACAUCACAUUUUUGAAUCAUCUAAUUCUUUGGAAAACAAAAUAAAGUACAGAUAAGAUUACAUAUUAUGGAGAUCAGGCCUGCAAAACUCAAAAGGUAUGGCGGGCCGUAAUACUUUAUGAACAACUUGUGGGGGCUGUAAUAUGUUAUGAAAAACUUGUGUGAGCCGAAAAAAAAUAGGACAGAGGGGAAAGCUAUUAAGAAAAUAAUAAUAAAAAAGAAUAUUUCAUUACUUCGCUGGUUGCAAAAUGGGUGCUGGUGGGCUGUAUGUUGUGCAGGCCUGGUGUAGAUGAAUAUUUUUGCUGUUAACAGAAAUGUAUUAAAUCCUUUUGCUAAAAUGAUUAUGUUUUAAAGAUGCUGACAGAGAUGGAAUUAUUUAGCAUAAAUAUUUGUCAAAGUCACCAAAUACUUAAACAUCAUAUAUAUUCUUUCUAUUGUAAAAUGCAACAUUGAUUCUUUAAAAUAAUUAAAUUGUAUCCAUGUACAAGUGAAAAGUAAAUGAGUGCUACAAAGAAGCUUACAUGAUGCAUGCUUGGCCACCAGAGCUCACUGUGCUGCUUCUUAUCUCAACACCAAGUCAACUGCACUGCCAAAUAAGUAUUGGACUUGUUUUGUUGAUUGUUCUACACAUUCCAAAUGUAUUGCAAACUUGCCAACAAUUCUGGUGACACACUGUCAUUUCCUUUUAAUGACUGAUAUUAAUGUAAAUAAGCAGCCAUUUUUUAUUCUGCUUGUUGAACAGAAAAUCCAACAUUUACCUUGAAAUAUUGAUACAAUAAUUAUUCACAUGAACUGACAUGUGUUUUUAUCAUACCUAAAAUCUAUACAACCUUAAUUUUUUAUUCUAUGCUGUUACAUCUUCUAUUACUUGCUAUCUGUUACUUCCAUCCCGGAGACUAUUUUAUUAAAGGGAAAAAAAAUGUUUAAAUGAUCAAAUGUUUCUGCUCAUUUCAAUGUAUUGUGAUUAUUUACCAUAUGAUUAAAUGGGCUAAUUGUUAAAAUAUAUCCACAUACAUGUACAAAAGUGUCUUCCAGGACAUACAAGAGUUAAAGAAAUGUUGUAGUUGUAGCACUAAAUGAGUUUGAUAAAAGAAUUUGUUUUAAAAAAAAAGUCAUUUCAGUGUUUAAAAGGAGCCCCUCAGUCACUCUAUAAUGCAACUCACACUUUACAUUUCAAAUGGUAAACAAGUUUGAAGGUAAACUCCAAUUUCAAAACUCCAACUGCAAUCUAACUACAAUUGAUGUUACUGAUCAUUGGUUGAUCUGCUAAAAAAAUAUAGAAAUUAAAUUAAAUGGAGCAUAUAUUUACUGAUUAAGUCAUCAGUGUAAUGACCCUCAUGGGACAUUUGUUUUUGUUUUAAUGGAAUGCUCAAAUUAUGAAUGUAGGUUGAUUAUCUGUCCUGCAGGUGUUUCUUUUACAUGUGAUAUUGAUGAACUCUUAGAUCAUAUUAUGUGACUACAUAAUCAGCAUUUGAGGGCAGGAUGUGAAAUGUUUUUAUGUAAAGUAUCAUAUUUAUGUAACUAGCCAAAUGUUAAUGUGGGUAUGGAAAAUCCUUGAGAAGACUGAAUACAAAAAUUUAGUGGUGUAUUAUUAAAAUGUUGAGUUUAAUAUUUAGGUAAGUGUUAAAUUUUAUCAAAUUGAACUAUGAAAACUUAUAUUUAUGUAAGGGCAAGGGCAAUGCUGUGAUAAUUUUUCUUAUAUUACUUUUUAAUAGUACUGGUAUGUACAGGUCAUAGUGGUGGCCUUUAUGUAGUCACCAGCAGAACUUUAUAUGGAAUCAAAAGUCAAAUCAUUCUGUCAAUUAGUAUUGUAUUUCCAUCCAUAAUGAUUGAUUUAUUUUCUUCUACAUUAUUAAGAUUUCCAUAUUUUAUGCAUCAUUAUUUAACUUUUUUGUGUAAGCCUGUUGUAUUAUUUUUUUUUUUAAUUGAAAAUCUAUACUAAUGUUAUAUCAUGUCAGGGAAGUAAAAUAUUUUAAUUAUGUCAAGUUCUUAAAUUUCUCAGACUAGUUAUUUUUGUAAAAUUAAUACUAAAAAUGCAAAUAAUAAGUUAAAAUGACUUUUAAAAUUUAAAAAAAGUCAUUUUAACUUAUUAUUUGCAUUUUUAGGAUUAAUUUUUUUUUUACAUCUAUAUAAUAAUGAAAUUAGAUAAAUAUAUAUAUAUAUAUAUAAUCCCUGAUCAUAUUAGCUAUUUAUUCAUACUCAGUAACCCUUUAAAAAAAAAAGAUACUUAAUACAUCUGUGAUAACUAAUAAUACUUUUUUUAAUACCAAAAAAUGGGAAACUGCUUUCUUUUUAAAGGCCAUGGAAUAAAAAGACAAAUUUUAUAUAAACUUUCACUUAAACAACAUUUUUACUACAUAUGGCAAUUAUUGUCUGCAUAAAACAGAAAGUUGUAUAAUUUUAUGUCCGCGCACUCAUUUUCUGAAAGACAUCUGAGUAAGAUUUCCUUUGUACUUCAUAAAUCUUAUAUAUCUUUAUAAUACUUACAAUUUUUUUUUUUCAAACUAUGUGACAAAAUUGUGAAUUUCCCAUAUUAAAGAUUACAUUAUAUCCUUAGAAAUAAAAAAACACUCAGUAAAUGACACCUAUUUUGCUCUAAUUACUUUUCUAAGUCUGUUAAUGUUUUGUUUGUCAUAUGUUUGGUUGAUUUUGGUCUAGUUGUUUGCUCUUAUUCGAUCACAUGAUUUUGUUAUUUUAGUAUCUAUUGUUUUAGAUAGUUGUGUUUUCUUCUAAAGUGGAAAUCAGAGUCAUACCUCAGUCAUUUAAAUUAUCAAAUCAACGUUUAAGAAUUACCCUUUAAAAAUGUUGUAAUUGAAUUUUAGUGGCAUAGUUUGGAAAGUUCCACAAAUUGGCAAUUUGGUUUCACUAUAAAAAAAAGUGUUCAUCCUGGUUGUUUAUAACAGUUUUGGUAAUCGAAAACUUAUAUCUCUGCCAUUUUAAUCAUUUAAAUGACUAAAAAAUUUUGCCAAAGCAUUAUAUUUCUAUUGACCCUCUUCAGUGAGAAGUUUCUUUCUUUUGCACAUAUAAUUAGAAAGAAUGUAAUGUCACCAACUGACAAACUACAGGCCUUGGACAAGUUCUUAUCCAUUGAGGAGAGUUCUCUGAGAGAGUUCACUGCUUUGAGUAUUCAUUAUUUUCUCAGAAAAAUAUGGGUGAAAAAAAGUCAUGAGUUGAAGUCACUCAGAUUGUGCAUGCUUAUACUUACACAAUUUUAACAAGAUUUUGUUUCUUUAAAAAAAUGAUAAAGUAAAGACAAUAUUCCAAUGAUUAAUUAAACUAAACUUCAUAGCUUCAUUUCAAUCUGGUCAUGCAAAUAAUAUAGAGUUGAUUUGAUAGUUUAGUGACUUAACUUGUUGAAGACUAAAGUUCAAACAAAUUAUUUAAUUUUUUUUUUUAAAUUUAAAAGCAUAGUUAAAUGAAACAAAAUUUGCAGUGGUUCGUGGGUUUUAGUGGUUUACUUGGUUUACUUGGAAUUGUAACCACAUAUCCAGUUCCACUAAUUAAAUGUUUCCUAUGAAAAAUAAAAUUCUUCAAAGAGAAUUAAAUUCCAAGGAAUACAGACAUUAAAGUAAUUUUAAAAAAUAUAAAAAUCAACAAAUAGCAAAUAUUUUGAUCGUUUUUUAUUUCCAAAUUAAAACCAAAAAAAAAAUAUUUAUUUUAAUUUUUUUUUAAAAAAGAAAUGCCAUGAAUGAUACUUUUUCUUGUAAAUGGGUUAAGGAAGAAGAUAUAUGAAAGAUGCUUGGAAUCUUGUUAGCUAAUCUUAAUCUGUUUAAGAUCUUGAUGGUUGAUGUAAUGACUUGUCAACCUAACGUGGCAGCUAUUUGUGGAGAGUCCCCGAAUAAAAAUCUUAGCUACCAAAGACAGCAGUCCUUUGGCGUGGGAUAAUAAUGGUCUGUCUACACUCUUCUGACAAAAUACAACGUUAACUUUCAAUCAUUGAUGGGAGCAACAUGACAGCCCAGGAGUUUUUACCAAAUAACUUCUAACUACUAUUUGAGUUUUUACCAAAUAAUUUCUAAAUGACCAUUGGAGUUUUUACCAAAUAACUUCUAAAUAACCAUUGGAAUUUUUACCAAAUAACUUUUAGAUCACCAUUGGUUAUAAAAAAUAUAACUUGGCCAUAAGAUCAUAAGAAAAUAUUUUGUUUAAAUAUCUAGCUUACCCCCCCAGUGGUAUCUUGUAAAAUUUCUCCAACUCACAAUUUAGUAUACAUUAAAAUGUGUUAAAAGAUAUGAGAAAUACUUUCUCAAUACCAGUACAUGAGAUAACUUGAAUAUUUUGGUGCUAAAAAUAAAAACAUGACACAUUAAAUUUAUGUUAUUUUAUAACUUAUACAUGGUGAAGUCAAGUUGUGAUGGUUCAGUAACUGGCAGGGAAAUGACUUAAAAUACAAUGUCACACUAUGCAAGCUUUAUUUCAUAUUGGAAUGAAAUAUUUCAUUUAACACUACAACCAAUUCACUUAUAAGCCCAAUAUUAUAUAUUACAUCAUAUAAGAAUUUGAGAAAAAAUAAGAUAGAAUAAUUUAAAAUGAUAAAAAUGAUUAUAAUAAAACAUUAUAUAAUUUCAAGUUACUACGGCCACUACCUAUCUAAAAGAUUAAAUAAACAUUUUUAAAAAUAAUAUUUUUACAACACUGUUUAUAAAAUAUCUAUUACAUAUAAUUCAUAUAUUUAAUUCCAGUGUUAAGCUAUUCUAUGUUUUUUUUAUAUUCAUUUAUUUAUUCAUAGUGUAAUAAUUUAGGCUGCACAGCUCUUUUCAAAUUGGCAAUUAAUAUACUAAUAAUAACAAAACCAAUACUUAUUGUAAUAAAAAUGUUUAAAAAAACAACUAAAAGCAACAUAAAGAUACAUUUGUCAAUUCAUUAAUUCAAAUAUAUAAUAAUAUAAUUAAACAAGCCCUAAAAACAAAGUUUUGCAUAUAAAUCCUUUAUAUAACAUAAUAUCAAGCAACAGGGGGUGGGGCUGAAAAUUGGACAAAACAUACAUUUAUUUCAUGCCCAUGAACUAACUAUAUUAACAUUCUAAUGACCCAACCGCUUUUACAUUACAGAAUUAUGGCACCAACUAUUUAUUAUUAUUAUUAUUUAGGCAUUUUUGUAUAGCGCUUAAAUUACAGCUCUAAGCGCUUUACAAUUAUUAAAAAUAUGUAAACUAUUUAAACUGCUAAAGUAAAAUAAAAAUGAAAAACCAGAGACACUAGAAUAGUAACUACAAUGUGAAAAAUGACUAUAAAAAAAAGUAGCUCAAACAUUAAAAUGGCUAUAAAAACUAGUACACUUGGCACGUUUUGGCAUAUACUUAAAUACAGGAUCAACCCGAGACAGAAAAGCAAAGGAAAAUAUCAUGCACCAAAUGGAUUUGCGAUAUUUUUAAGAAUCUCAUUUUGUGCAGUCAUCAGGAUUUUUAUUUUGUGAAUCAGUGGCAUCAUAUUUCCUUCAUCUUCCCCUUCAAAAACAGGGAAGCUGAAUUUUGGGGGUGUGGGUUGAAAAUUUAAUAGUAUGUCUUGUCAUCAGCCAAGAGUAUAUGUGCCAAGUUUCAGCUUGAUAGGUUGAUGGGAAGUGGGUCAAUUAGCCAUUCGAAGAUUUUGCCGCACACACAGAAAGAAAGAAAAACACACCAACAAAAGGAAAUUAAUAUAAAGAAUUUAUUAAACAACCCCAAAAAAAACAAAAAUUUUCUUUUAAAGUCCUUUAUAUGCAUUUUUUAUUUUCAUGUUAUUAUUAGGCCUGUGAACUACGAACAAUGAACUAUUUCAGAGAAACGUAUCAGGAAUUUUUAUUACAUGAAAUCAGUGGCAUCCUAUUUACUUCAUCUUCCCCUUAAAAAACAGGAAAAACUGAAAAUUUGAAAGAUUGUGUUGUCAUCAGCAACGAGUCUGUGUGCCAAGUUUCAGAUGGAUAUUUUGAUGGGAAAGGGGUCAAUUAGCCUUCUGAAGAUUUUGCCACAUACCCAGCCACAAAGAAACACACGAUCAAAAGUGAAUUUAUUAUAAAGGAUUUUAAAAAAACACACAUUUAAAAAAAAAAAAAUGAUAUUGGUUGAUGUGAAAUGGAUUAAGAGGCUAUUCUAAUGUUUAACCGCUGAAAUAGAAAUUUUGGCUCUUUAAAAUAUAUUGUUUAGGCAGAGGUAAGUGGAGACAGGAUGGAUUAGUUGACAGUUUUGAAUGUGGUGCUACAGUGUGUUCAGUGUAAAAACUAUAAUUUCAUAAAAAAUGAUCAGUACUCCACUGUCAAUGGCAUGAGCUCCCAUUGAUAUCUUAUUUUGUAACAAAAUUAAUUGUCUAAAGGGGAAUAAUGUUCUAAAAAUAAGACAAAGAAACUUGUUUUGUUAGCCCUUGCAUCACCAUGGAUACCACCCUAGCCUUCCUUCAGUUUCAGUUAAGCCAAUCGCUUCAUGUAUUAAAUGAGUGUUAAAUUCCAUUACUUUUAUUGAAUUAUAUGACAGAACUUGGAAAUGAUUGCAACACAUGCAACAAACGCACACGCAUGGUUACACUCAUGCACACACACACACACUUUGGAUACUCAGUAUAGUGAGCCAGUCAGAAUGAGACAUGAAAUAUUAAUUGGAAAUAAAGGUGCCAUGGCCAUAAAAGUAUGACUCUUGCUAAGACAAAUCAAUUUCAUAAAAUUUGCUGCAAGUACAUUAUUAUUUUCAGAGCUUUGUAGUUUCAUUUAGCUGACAUUUAGUUUCACACCAAUUGCGCAUCAAUUUUAUAUUAUUAUUGAUUGAAUUCAGUUAAAAAGUACCAACAAAUUAUUUUAAAAAGAUGUAAAGGCUCUAUACUUGCAAUUUUUAUUAGGAAAUGAAUAAAACAAAGUAAGUUCAAACCUAAAAAGAGGAACGCAACAAAACAACAAAUUCUGACAGGAAUGUCGGCAGGAAGCCUUCGUCAAUAUUUAUUGCCUCAUUUUGGGUGUAAAGUCUGUGUGGCAUUUUGCUGGUGUAAAGUCUGUGUGGUAUUAUGCUAGUGUAAAGUCUGGAAGGACAAUUAAUAUUUCCUUUCUUUUUGAUAUACCUGACCUUGUUCCAUUAUUUUGCUGGGUCUGGGUUUUUUCGGUGUGUGCUAAUAAUCAGCAUUUCAGGGUAUCUGGGUCAGUACAUGGCUCAGACCUAAUCAAAAUUACUGAUAAUUAGUUCCAGUCUUAUUUUAAUAUAUUUUGAAAGGUCCCUCAUAGACUUUACACCAGCAAAAUACCACACAGACUUUACACCAGAAAAAUACCACACAGACUUUACACCAGCAAAAUACCACACAGACUUUACACCAGAAAAAUACCACACAGACUUUACACCAGCAAAAUACCAUACAGACUUUACACCAGCGAAAUACCAUACAGACUUGGACCGAAAAGUAAAAUGCAAAUUUAUUUUAUUCUUGGUAAACUUUACUUUACCAAACGAUCAGUUAUUCGAAUUUAAAAUCAUCUCCUUAUAGUUCUAAAUGUAUUGUAUAUUAAAUUAUUAAUAUAGCAAAAGCUUUAUGUAACCAUUUGUUUUGAACCAAGGGCCAUAAUUUUUAUGUUUGAAUUAAAUAAAGAUUUAGAAAUUUUACAAUUACCAGCUAAGUAAAACUGAAAAUGUAAAUAAAUCAAAAUUUGUAUGUCACACACUAGUGAAGCAAUAAUUUAAAAAAUUUCCCAGAAUGCAGCAGAAAAAUGCUAUCUAAAAAAAAUCAAAUAAAGGUUCGAGUAAAAAUAUCAUUAGACAUUUCUGAGUUAUGGCAUUUUAAUCAUGUACCUCGUACAAAAAAGUAGGCCUACAUGGUUUCUGUUGUCAGAUUCAGAUUUUCCAGAUAAAAUUUUUAGAAUUAUCCAUCUUCAAAAUGUCUCCAGAUAAGUAUUCAGCUUAGAAUUAUAAUCGGUUGCUCAUGACAUAUUUUAAGAUCCUUGCAACAUUGAAAACAUAAAUAAUUUUUUAAAGCUAACCCAUAUACUUCAGCAUUUCUGUGUCAGUUCUUUGUUAAUUCUUAGAUUUCAUAAUCCUAAGAGAGGAUGGCUUUUCAAUCACAGAUAUGCUCUGACUUACCAUGUUAACAUUUAAGUUCUCUCUUUUUCAAUUGAGCCACACAUUUUUAACAACAGUAUAGCAUUUAGCACCCAUGAUACCUCCUUCCUUUUCCUUACCUCAUGUAUAAUAUAUUAAUUCCGCUGACCAAAAUUACUAUAUAUUUAAGGCAGCUUUUUAAAAAUCUUUCAUGUGGCCUUGAAUCCAAAUCUUUUGCAAAGAAAUCAAAAUUAGAUCCUCUUGCUUUUUUUUCCCCAUCUAGACACUUACUGAGGCUGUUACUAAACAAAAAGCCUCCCUAGCAGAAUACAAGACCAGAACUGAGGAAUUUGUUACUGAGUUGAGUCAACAUGAUCAAAACCUUGUCAUGGAGAAAGUCAGGUGAGACUUUUAGAGAAAGUCAGAUGAGACUUUUAGAGGAGGUCAGGUGAGACUUUUAGAGAAAGUCAGGUGAGACUUAUAGAGGUUAGGUGAGACUUUUAGAGAAAGUCAGAUGAGACUUUGAUCAUGCUGUUUACUUUAUGGAGAAGACGGUAUGUUUAGCUAAAUUGGGAAAAAUUUUGGAUGGUAUUACAUAAUAACGUAAAUGACAACAUGUAUGUCUUCAAAACUGGUUCGUAUAAAUACAGGCAAGGAUAAAUAGCCUAAAAAUAAGAAAAAAAUAUAGUUGAGUGUUAAUAAAGGUAAUGAUGUCAUCGUGUAAGGAACAUUUUUAAAAUUGUAUAAGUCAUUAACUACUUGCAUAAUGUUUGAAAUGUUCAGUUGCUGAAAAAUGAUAAUAAGGAAGAAGGUAAUAUAGAAAAAUGUGAAAAUGAACAAGAGCUAACUUUUAAAAUGACUUUGUAAAUUUGUAGAUGUAAUUCCUUUUGUCUACUUUGCUCAUCUGCUUCUUGUGAUGGUGGUUGCCAUUUCUUUUUUUUUUCUCAAAUGAAGUUUUAUAUUGAACUAUUAAUUAAUUUGAAUAGUCGUAGGGAUUUUUACUUAAAAAGUAGAGUCAUUUUUUUGGUACUCUGAAAACCUAUCAGGGGGACUACAAAAUUUGGUUUAUUUCUAUUUCCUGGCAUAGAGUUAUACUGAUGAUUUUGGUUAUGCAAAAAAGGAGUUGUAGAGAUUCUAGAACCUGUAUUUUAGGAAGCUGAUAAAAUAAUGAAAGCUAUUAACUAAUUCAACAAUUAACAGAGACAUAGAGCACAAACUGCUCAGCCUUGAGAACAGCAUACAACAUAAACAGACUGGGUACUCAGUCAUAGAGGCUGACCUUGCAAGCAUCAGGGAAGAGGCUGAAAAGUACAUUGAGUGGCUUGAGAAACAAGAGGAGAUCACAAAUCUUGACUGCCCCGUGGUACACG